GUACCACGUAGACAUUCCUCAACACAGAAACCCCCACCAUCCUUAGCAUUCGCUGCAACACGCAUCCGCUGUGUUGCUAGGUUUUACCCGUCACAGGCUCUGUGCUCUUCGGACACCCGUUUAACUCCCUCGGCAUGUCACUUUCGGCUGCAGACCUCCAGAAGAAACACGGCUUCGAAGCCCAGGAUUCUACUCCUAUUUCUCCUGGUUCUCCUCCCGGCGUACAGUCUAACGGUACUACUCUCGACACCGACUCCCAGGAGGCGUUCCCUUCGCUGGCUCCUUCCAGUGUUCCGAAUGGGAAUAGGGCUCCUGUCUCGGCCUGGAGUACUGCUGGUCCCCGCAUCAGACCUGCCGUCGUUCAGAAGCAGCCUCUGUUUUCUGACUCCUUCAGUCUCUCGUCGGCUGAGAUUGCUGCCGUGAGCAAGGAUGGCAAGCCGACUUCUUCAGGAGAGGUGAUGAAGCAGGUCAUGUCGCAGUACAAGGUCAAGCUGGAGGCGUCCACCAACUCCCGGUCUCGUCAGACUACGUUCUUCCUAAAGUCUGAAUCGCAGAAGGAGCUGGAUAAGGCUAAGCGUGCUCUCCUCGCGCACCUCAGUCCUGUGGUGUCCUUGAUUUUGACCGCUCCGGCUUCUACCAUCCCGACUAUCAUUGGACCCAAAGGCGCUACGCUCAAGAAGAUCCGCGACCAGACGGGUGUCCGAGUUGAUAUCCCGCGUCGCGAUGUUCUCCCUGUAUCUAACGGCAACGGCAGCGCGCACCCGGCCUCUGGUGUUACUUCCCCUGCUCCUCCAGGCGAUGAGGAGGAAGAGGAAGAGCUCACGGUUCCGAUCACGAUCACUGGACCACAGCCCCUCGCUCAAGAAGCUGAGGCGUUGUUCAAGGAAAUCAUUGCCACGAAGCGUUCUCGUACUACGCAGCGCGUGCGCGAUAUCCCGGCCCAUAUUCUUCCCUUCCUGAUCCCACGACGUGACACAUUCGAGGAAGCUGCUAAGGGCGAAGAAAUGCACCUCUCGCUCAACCCGGGUACUCGCGAGAUCACCGUCUCCGGUGAACGCGAUGCUGUCGGGCGUGUGGUAGACACUAUUCGCAGUGCAAUGGACUACUUCAAGACGGAGGUGACGCAGAUCAAGUUGCCCAUGCCUAAGCGUCAGCAUAGGCUUCUCACCGGCAAGGGCGCCGAGGAGAUCUUGGCCACGUCGAAAUGCGUGGUCAUCGUACCGAAAGCGGAAGAGCCGAGUGAGGAACUUAUCAUCUGGGGCAGGCCCCUCGAGUUGGGUAAUGGUGUUCAGGCCGUCAUGCAGAAGGCGAACUCGGCGUACAUCCACGAGUUUCCUCUGCCUGGUCCCCACCCGGUGACUCGCCAGCUGCUAACCUACAUCACGCGUGUCGAAUAUGCGCAGACGCUCAGCUCGCAGAACCCUGGCUGCUCGGUAUACACGCCCCCGCUGUCCGCUCUGAAUAAAGCAACGGUUCUCAACGUGGACAUGGUCGGCGAGAAAUCUGCAGUCGACACCGCUGUCAGCACGUUCUCUGCCUUGAUUGGCAAGCUGUUCAGUGCUACCAAGGAAGUGCAGAUCGACUGGCUCGUCCACCGAAUCAUCAACUCGCCGAAGAACGCUAAGAAGAUCCGGGCAUUCCACGAUGCCCACAAUUCUGUGGAGGAGUCGCUGGUCUUAUUGGUUUACGAUCCUACGUCUCCGUCCGCCUCCCCCUCUCCUGUUGAGAAAGUCAAGAACCUGGAGGACGUCGAGAAGGAACUGCUGAAGAUGGCAAAGGAUGCUGCGGACGUCAAGACGCAAACGGUCACGGUCGAGAAGAAAUGGCACGACGCUGUGGUUGGUAAGAACGGAACCACACUGAAUGCCAUCAUCGGCGAGGACAAGACGCUGUCCAUCAAGGUCGGCGCAGAGGCUGGCGACGCCUCCACCGGGGACGUGAUCUUGGUCCGCGGUGCGAGCUCCGACGUCGAUCGUGCGGUCAAGGAGAUUCUCAAGAUCGUCGAGGACGCCAAGAAUGACGCAUUGGUCAGCAGCUACUCGACGGAAUUCGGUAUUGGCCGCGAGUACGUGGGUCGGAUCGUCGGCGCCCAAGGCGCUGGCGUAAACAAGCUGCGGGACACCCUCGGCGUCAAGAUUGACUUCACGGACGAUUCGGACGACAAGGAACAGGUCGUUGGCAAAAAGAAGAAGGCUGUUCAGCAGACGUCCCAUGUCAAGAUCACUGGGCGUAAGGAGAAUGUCGAGGAGGCGAAGAAGAGGAUUCUCACCCAAGUCGAGCGCCUUGCGGACGAGACCUCGGAGGUUCUCAAGAUCUCCCACCAGUACCAUUCUGGACUGAUCGGUCAAAGUGGCAAGUAUGUCAUUCGUCUGGAGGAGAAGUACGGUGUCAGGAUCAUCUUCCCUCGCGAGGAGAGCGGCGAAGCCAGGACCAGGGAGCAGCUGAAGCCGGACGAGGUUCUCGUGAAGGGUGGCAGGAAGGGCGUCGCAGGCGCCAAGGCGGAGUUGCUUGACGCUGUCGAGUUCGAGAAGGAGAGCAACAAUGUCGUCACGUUCACUAUCCCAGCUCGGUCUGUCGCUCGUGUGCUCGGUAGAGCCGGUGCCAGCAUCAACGAGAUCAAGGACACGACCGGGGCUCAGAUUGACGUUGACAAGGCUGGCGACGACAAGGUUGCCAACAUCACGAUCCGCGGGACCAAGCAGGCCAUCGCCGACGCGAAGACUGCCAUUUUGACGAUCUCCGACCAAGUCGGCGAGGAGACGACGGACGUUGUCAACGUCGAGAGCAGGUUCCACCGCUCGAUCAUCGGUGCCGGUGGGCAGGGCUUGAAGGAGCUCAUCCUCCGCUGUGGUGGUCCUGCGGAUUCGAAGGCCCAGGCCGGUCUCGUCCGCUUCCCGAGACAGGGUGAGCCAGGAGAUGAAGUCCGCCUCCGUGGCGAGCCGAAGGUCGUCGCCAAGCUCAAGGUUGAGCUGGAGAAGAUCGCUGCUACGCUCCGUGACCGAGUCACUCUCGGUGUAGAGGUCCCUGCUCCCCAGCACCGCGCCCUCAUCGGCAGGGGCGGUCAGCAUCUGAACGAGCUGCAGAACCGCCUGAACGUCCAAGUUCAGUUCCCUGGCUCGCGGUCCUACAACCAGGUCGGGGAGAUGGAGAACGAGGCUGAGUUGGCCGCUGUAGACCAUGCGAACUUGGUCAAGAUUACCGGUCCUCGUGCUGCGUGCCAGAAGGCAGUCGAGGAACUGAAGGGGCAAGUCAAGCCUCCUGCGCCGGAGGCUGUCACCGCCACGGUCACGGUCCCGCUGAAGUAUCAUCAUGCGGUGACGCAGCAGGGCAACUUCUUCCGCAACCUGAGGUCGUCUGGUGUCCAGGUCGAGCAGUCGGCCCUUCCUCACAACCCAGCUGUACCUCCGCACCCCGCACCCCAAGCGGAUGCGACCGAGGCUCGUAUCGACGACCCCGACGCUGAGAGCGCGUCCCCCGCCGUCCAGUGGCAGGUUGUUCUCAACUACCAGGACACCGAGGAGGGUGACUCCGAGUGGGUGUUCAAGGCGCGAGACCAGGCUAGCUUGGAUCGCGCGUUGAAGCUGACCCAAGAGGCUAUUGAACACGCCGAGAAAAUGUCGCACGUCGGGUUCCUCACGCUCCCCGACCGUUCGUCCUUCCCGAGGAUUGUCGGGUCGAAGGGUGCAAACGUUGCACGCCUCCGCAUCGAGAGCGGUGCAGACAUCACCGUGAGCCGCGAAGACAACACCAUUGUUAUCAUCGGCUCCGAGACUGCCAUCGAGACUGCCAAGGAGGCGAUUCUGAAGAUCGGCAGCACUAAUAAUCGCUCUCGGGGCCGUCGCGACGCAUAAAAUUCACACCUCGCUAUGUUAUUGCUUUGCGCUCAUGCCUUAAGUCUCCGUGGGUUAAUGUUGUUGGGUAGCGGAAGGUCAACCAAAGAAGUACACGUACAAGCUAGCUCUCGGAUAUAUUGCACAUCUCUCUGCAUCGCUGCCUAUGGCCUGAUUGAUGCUACUGUGGCAAGAAUAUAAUCGUAACGACCUCAGGACAAUCUGCGACGUGACGCGUGACGCACGGCGUUGUCGGCUCCUCACACCAGCAACUGCCCACACCCGAGUGUGACAUCAUCUUGAGAGAUCACACAGUCUAAGCUUUGGAUGGCAGUAACAUAGUUCAUGGAAACCAAACAACAUCCUCACGGCGUAGUGCAGUGUAUCGACUUGGUAUCGACGAGCUG